CCGUGCCGCGAGGGGCGGAAUGCGGCGCCGCGGGGCGGUGCCGUUCGGACCGUGCCCUCAUUAUGAGGCCGCGGAGCUUCCGGCGGGAUGCGGGUUUCUUCGCUCGUUCUGCGCUGUCCCCUCGGCCCCUGAGCCGCGGUCAUGGGGCUGCCGGCCCUCGGGCUGCUGUUGGCGGCCGCGCUGCUGCGUACGGAGGCCGCUCUCCCGGCGCGCUCCUUCCAGAUCGAUUUCGAGCGGGACUGCUUCCGCAAGGACGGGGCCCCGUUCCGCUACGUGUCGGGCAGCGUGCACUACGCCCGCGUCCCGCGGCCCGCCUGGCGAGACCGCCUGCUGCGGCUCUACAUGGCCGGGCUGAACGCCGUGCAGGUCUACGUCCCCUGGAACUACCACGAGCCGCAGCCGGGAGUGUACGACUUCACCGGGGAUCGGGACGUGGAAGCCUUCCUGGACCUGGCGGCGGAGCUGGGGCUGCUGGUGAUCCUGCGCCCGGGGCCCUACAUCUGUGCCGAGUGGGAGAUGGGCGGGCUGCCUGCCUGGCUGCUGUGGAAAGCAGAUAUCAUCCUGCGCUCCACUGACCCUGCCUACCUGGCAGCUGUGGAUGCCUGGCUCCAUGUCCUCCUGCCCAAGGUUAAGCCACGGCUCUACCAGCAUGGGGGGAACAUCAUCAGUGUGCAGGUGGAGAAUGAAUAUGGGAGCUACUAUGCCUGUGACCCCAGCUACCUGCAGCAUCUGCUGGGCACCUUCCGGGCACUGCUGGGCCCUGAAGUGCUGCUCUUCACCACUGAUGGUGCGCAGGUGGAGGAGCUGCGCUGUGGCACCCUGCAAGGGCUCUAUGCCACUGUCGACUUUGGGCCAGACUCCAAUGUGACAGAAGCAUUUGGUGCCCAGCGCCACAUUGAGCCGAGGGGACCACUGGUGAACUCUGAAUACUACACGGGCUGGUUGGACUACUGGGGGGGCCCACAUGCCAGCACCAGUGCCACACUGGUGGCUCAAGGACUCGCUGAUAUGCUGCAGCUGGGAGCCAAUGUCAACAUGUACAUGUUCCAUGGGGGCACCAACUUUGCCUACUGGAGUGGAGCUGACUUCAAGGGCCAGUACAAACCAGUGACCACCAGUUACGACUAUGAUGCACCACUCUCAGAGGCUGGAGACCCCACGGAGAAGCUGUUUGCCAUCCGCACAGUCAUCAGCAAGUUCCAGCCCCUGCCAGUGGGCCCGAUGCCACCCCCCACCCCCAAGUAUGCCUACGGUUGGGUGACUCUACACAAGUAUGCUGAUCUCCUGGACGUCUUGGAUGUACUGUCCCCCUCUGGGCCCAUCCAGAGCCAGUUCCCACUCAUCUUUGAGACAGUAAAGCAGGCCCACGGCUUCAUGCUGUACCGCACACAGCUGCCCCGUGACAUCCUGGCCCCAGCCACACUGAGCGCUCCUCCCCAUAGCAUCUGUGAUCGUGGCUAUGUGAUGCUGCAGAAGGAAUACCAGGGAACGCUGGAGCGGGACGGUCAGACAGAGCUGCGUGUGAAAGGCAAGGCAGGGGACACAUUGGAUGUGCUUCUGGAGAACAUGGGCAGGAUCAGCUUUGGGGCGAACUUCAGUGACUUCAAGGGCUUGCUGGGGAACCUCUCUUUGGACUCCAGACUACUCAGAAAGUGGCUCAUCUACCCCUUGGCCAUAGAUGCUGCCAUCCAGCAGGGCUGGCCCCAUGCUGCCUUGCCUAAAUCAAGCUGCAGGGGCAGAGCAGGGCCAGCCUUCUACACAGGGACCUUUGAGACCCCCGGCAUUGCCUGGGACACCUUUGUGAAAUUCCCAGGUUGGAGCAAGGGCCAGCUGUGGAUAAAUGGCUUCAACCUGGGCCGGUACUGGCCCCAUCAAGGACCCCAGCAAACCCUCUUUGUGCCUGGCUCGAUACUGCGUGUUGGCUGCCCCAACAACAUCACGGUGCUGGAGCUAGAGGGGGCACCCCCCAACCCCUUCCUGCUCUUCCUUGACCAACCCCUUUUCAACAGGACCUUCAACCAUAGCCCCAUGGACAAAGAAUAAACACAGGUCUGCCA